AUGCCGAUCAGCUACAGCAGUGGUUCGUCUUCGUCCAAAGGGAUUUGGGCUUGUCCUUAUGCUCGAGCGGAUGCUAAUUAUGGAAUACCUGAACGUUGUUUUUGUGGUCGUCGUACCGUCCUCGAGGAAUCUACAGCAACGGCUACGUUCGGCAGAAAGUUUUACAGUUGCCCGGAGAUAUUGGGGGAGGAGAAUGAUGAACACAUGUGGAAGUGGUGGGAUGAAGGGGUUACAGAGCAACUAGAGAUUCUACAAACCAGCCUAGCAAACCAAAAGGAGAUGAUGCAGAGCUUUAACAGAAUUGACCUCCCCAGUGAUUCACAAAUGGAGAGUCGUUUGGCUCAUAUGCGAAUGGUAAUUGAGGGCAAUGGGGAUGACAUAUUGGAAAUGAAGCUACAGGUGGAAGAGAUUCAGCGAGACAUAGCUUGGUUAAAGGAGGCAUACACAAACAGGUGUUCAGAUAUCGUGCUUCUACCGUUAUUCGUUGUCUUUGCUGCAAUGACUUUUCUGUUUAAGUAA